AUGAUUUUUUCGACUUUGCUUUUAUGUGUUGGUUUUGUAUCAUCUCUGACCAUUCACUUGAAUACUGUAACUAAUACUCCAGUUACAUAUGAUGUGGAGGUAAGUAAAAAUUUGGUGAUUGAAAAAAUUUGAAUAGCGUUUUUAGGUUGGUUCAUACUUAUAUGUCGCUUCGACAGACAUGUCUGUCUUACUUCAAAAUAUAAUAAUAACAGAUGGAACACCUUAUACCGCAUAUACAUUUUCGAAAUUAGGAGUAAAUUCAGAAGGAACUAUGACAGCAUAUGUUAUAACAACUAACAAAAUAACAAUUCAAGGAAAUCAAGCAUAUGAUUAUUCAAUGACAACAGGAUAUAUUUAUAUUACAACUGCAAAUCAAGCAAAAGGUAUUUACUUUCAAAAAAGACUCGACAACUGACAGAGUUCAAUUCUAGAUCCUCAUUUCUUGGUUUACCCAGCUGAUGUGAGCUCAUUAAUUUCAACAAAUUAUAAGAAUGCGACACUUGUAUUUUUAAAUUAUGACAUUGAUAUUCCAAGAAAAUAUGACUAUAUUCCGUUGAAAUCUGCGAGAAUUACAAAGCUCUCUAAUAGUCCAUUCAAAAUAUAUUGGAAUGAACCAACGCCAAAUUGGAAUAACGGAAGUGAUUUCUUUCGUCAGUUGGUUUUCAUGAAUCCACUUCAGGGAAUGUAUUACGAGAAUAUCGAUCCGAUUCAAAUGAACACCUAUAUUUGGUAUAUCAGAGCAUAUGACGGCAUAACUCUUAGUGUUGAACCAACAUGGAUUGAUCCGAAUACUAUUAUUUCAUCUGGUUAUAAUUCAAGUGGGAUGAUUAUGAGUACACAUAAUAUUCAAAAUAUUUCAUUCGCUCUCGCAAAAGAUUCUAAUUAUGGUGGAGAAUCAGGUUACAGAUGUAUUUUUAAAGUCGAAAGCGUCACAACAAUUUCGUUGGGUGAUCCAUUUCCAACAAUGUAAACAUCGAAAAUUACACGAAUUACACUUGCAAAAUUCGAAUUUUCAGCAUGUCUCCGACUAAUUUAACUGAUCUCAAUGUGCGAUAUAUAGUGAGGGGUGCACCUAGUGAUUAUUUUUCAAUUCAAUCUGCUUCACCAAGCGUCGGUGUUUUCGCUAUACAAUAUUUCCAACAACGUUAGUUUGCGACAUAACUUUUGAUUGAAAUCAAAAUUAUUGUUUGUUGAAUUUCAGAAGGCGAUAAAAUGACUACACCACUUGCAACGAGUACAUCAAUUCCUACAACUAUAAACGGGGGAACAACACAGAAAACCCCAGCUACAACGACAAGUUCUUCAUCAUCAACUUACUUUUUACUAACUUUUGCUGGUAUUUUUUUCUAUUUUGUGAAUAAUUUAAACACUCACCAUGAAUUAUGA